AUGGCAGGACGAAAAAAAUGGACCGGAAAAUUAAAAAAGAAUAAUGACGACAGUGAUCACGCCCGUCAAAACGCUGACGGGGCUGCAGUUCCCAAAGUGGAACUGUCGCCCUCGUCGUCGACGGUAGAGUCCGAGUCAGAACUGGUUCCACCGAGCAGAGUUAGCAACCUGGAUCUGCCGAGCUUUAAGACCCAGCACGAGCGCGCGGGCGCUGCGGCACGUGGGCAGCGGCGGCAGCUGAUCGAGCAGGACGCGAUAAGCACUAUCCGCGAGCACAACACCGUGAUGAUGGACGACGUGGACGGCGCAGUCUCCGACGCCGGCAGUGGGUCGCUGAGAGGGGCUGAGAAGGACGCCGUUGACCAUGAUAUCACCUCCGACGAGGAACCGCCUGUCCAGCACGAGGAGCACACAGACCACUUUCGGAAGUUCGUGCGAAGUGCUACUCGCGAUCUGGACGAAAAGGACUCCGGGAAAGGGACCGGCUUUCUGGAGCGGUUCAUUUCGCUUACCGGAGGGGGGAUGGUACCGGCGGCUAAUCAGGAGAGGUCUAGAACAGAUGACUUUGAAUCAGAGGCAGGGAAAGCUGAGGUAGCAGCUGAGAUUGAAGCAACUGCAAAACAAAUUGUUCAGGCACAUCAUAUGGGCAGGGAGCAGAUUUCUGAGGAGACGUACUCGGUCAGUGAUGCUGCAGAUGCACCCCUUUUUACUCCAAUGCCUCAGCAUUAUGAUGACGAGUAUAACGCUUCAUGUGGAGAGGAUAAUAAUUCUGGUAAUACUUAUGUUGACCCACCUAGUCAAGUGCGUGGCGGUGUGCUCGGUUCUCUAUUGCAACUUUACCAGGGCGAAAAACGUGACCGGUAUUCGAAGAGUAGCGACAAUCUCUCUUCUGACAGCUACAGCUUACCAAACUUCAAGUCGAAGCGACCAAAGGGAAGCAAGCUUCCAUAUUCUGCGAAGCUGAAACGUAAAAACAAUAGGGCGGAAGCUCGGAUCACAGUUCACAUUGCGGCAUUAUUGCAGCGCCAUAGGUUUUUAUUACGUCUUUGUAAGGCGCUAAUGAUGUACGGCGCUCCCACACAUCGAUUGGAGGAGUACAUGGUGAUGACAUCUCGUGUGCUAGAAAUUGAUGGUCAAUUUUUGUAUAUGCCCGGUUGCAUGGUGGUUUCUUUUGGUGAUACCAUUACGAGGACAUCCGAUGUGCAGCUUGUGAGAUGUACACAGGGCUUGAAUUUGUGGAAGCUCCAUCAAGUUCACGCAAUUUACAAGCAAGUUGUACAUGAUAUCAUUAGUGUGGAGGAUGCGAACUUGGCAAUUGAUACCAUUAUGUCGGACAAGAACCUUUACCCGGCUUGGUUCUGUGUGCUACUGUACGGGUUCUGCUCUAGUAUGAUUACGCCCUAUGCGUUUGGCGGAGACUGGAUCAAUCUGCUAGUGUCUUUCGGAAUAGGGUGUUGCGUGGGAACGCUGCAAUUCAUAGUUGCACCAAGAUGGAACGUGUACUCUAACGUUUUUGAGAUCAGUGCGUCCAUUGUUGUUAGUUUCUGUGCUAGAGCACUGGGAUCCAUACCUGGAGCCAAUAUCUGUUUUGGUUCUACGGUACAAGGGUCGCUGGCACUGAUUUUGCCGGGUUACAUGAUUUUGUGUGGUUCUUUGGAGCUACAGAGCAGAAAUCUUGUUGCAGGAUCAGUUCGGAUGUUCUAUGCAAUAAUCUAUUCUCUUUUCCUUGGCUUUGGUAUCACCCUGGGUGCAGCGCUCUUUGGGUGGAUCUACAAAGACGCCACAAACGAGACGACGUGCGCCAAGAACAUCUCUCCGUGGUACCGUUUCAUCUUUGUGCCAGCCACUACACUAGGGCUGUCAUUGGUGAACCAGGCUCGUUGGACGCAAGUACCAAUGAUGAUCUUUAUCUCCUGUUGUGGCUACGUCGUCACGUUCUGGGCUGGCCAGCACUUCUCUGGAUCCACAGAAUUUACGGCUUCGAUGGGCGCGUUUGUCAUAGGAAUUAUGGGCAACCUCUACUCAAGGAUUUGGAAAGGACUCGCAAUGACUGCUAUGUUACCAGGUAUCCUAGUGCAAGUUCCAUCCGGUAUUGCGUCCAAGAGUACACUUUUGUCAAGUAUUGAAAGUGCAAAUAAUAUUGUUUCCAAUAAAACCAAUGUUCUGACAGAUAACAGAAGCAUGCGCUCAUCCUUAUCUUUUGGUGUUACUAUGAUUCAAGUCACCAUUGGUAUUUCAGUGGGACUUUUUGCAUCUACAUUGUUUGUCUAUCCCUUUGGGAAGAAGAGAACUGGUUUAUUUACCUUGUAG